CAAAAGAGCAAGUCACUCAGCCAUCUGGAUUACGCUGAGGUCUACCUCACCGGAAUAUACCAGGCCACACAUCAAUCAUUUUCCGAAAACUAUAAGUACUUAUCCUUCUUCAGAUUUCGUGCCCUAAAUUCGUUUUCAAAUCCGGAAUUCUCCUUCGAUAGCCGUAAUAGCCAUGCUCAUCGAACUCUCGGCUCUUCUAUUUCAUACUUCUCUCUCAUUUUGCCUCUCAUUCUCUCACAAUACUCACGCUCGAUUUCAUGUUAAUUAUAAUAAUUUGUUGUAUUGUUGCUGUAGCUGCGUUGUCCGCUGAUGGAUGCGGUGGAGCUUGAAUAUCCGGUGGAUGUUCCGAAAUUCAUAGGAUCUGAUGGUUUCGGCAGAGCUAGUGUUACAGUCAACGAGGUCGUCGCUUGCGAGUCGAACACUCGCGGUGUUUCGAUUAUUGCGAAGUCUUCGAUUGAACGAUGUAGUACUUUUCUUAGACAAAAAGAGAAAAGUCAAAUUGUGAAACAAAAGAGCAAUGUUAAUGGCAAGCGAAGUGAUAAGAGAAAUUUCAAAAAUUCUAUGAAAGGCAAUUAUGAUUCCUUAUUUGUGAAGGCUGGUUUGGUGAGCUUCUGUUCAGCUGCUGGAGGGAACAGCUUUUUUGGUAUGAGAUUAAUGUAGAAACUGUUUUUGUUAAUGUUUUGUGCAUGGAUUUGUCAACUAGUGCAUAUUGGCCAACAUAAAUAAAUGAAUAAAACAUUAAUGAAAAGGAAGCAAGAUUUAUUUAUUGCUGUGCUGCUGUAAGAUUGUGCUCUCUGCCUGCAUAAUUUAAGCAAAUAGUGGAGAUAACGCAUU